AUGUCAAACCCGCCGUCCGAUCCCGAAGAUACCUGGCCUAACCCCCUGGUGACACCUGCCACGCCUGCCCAACAUGAUUGCUCAACUGCGGCUGAGCAUGCCCGGCCCAACCCACGUCACCACUCCCCGUUGGACUCGCAGGACCAAGAACAAAACUUGUUCCAGGGGGCUCAACAGGUCUCUUUCCCAUCCCGCGCUGAAUCUCCUCUCCACCAAUGGCCCCAACCUUCGUUGGUAAAAAAGCCCGCGGCGAUCCCCCGGCUGCAUUCCUCAAAAGUCACAUUUCAUAGUCCUCAAUUGUCCGAGAGAGAUAGUAUCUUUGCGACUCACUAUCUGCCGACCGAUAGUGGCGCCAAUACCCCACAAUUGCCCCCUGCGAAGCCCGAGGAGAAUGAGAGUCAGGUCAAUCUAAUCCCCGGUCUUGAUGAUGGGCACCAGUCUCCAAGUCCUACCAAGGUCUCUCCCCAUUCUUCUUACGUCGACCCUUCCCACAUGGAAGUUGACGUCCGCAGACAUAUUCCGUUACGUUCCUCUUCUCUCUUCUCCUCGUCCGACAUCACCCGCUUUCCUCUUCACUCCUCCAUAUUCUCCAUAGAUCAAACAAAAGAUCGGGGACGGGAGGCGGAUAUUGUUCACUCGUCGCACGCCGCGCCAUCGGGUGAUUCACAUUCAAAUAUCGGUGACCCGCGAGAUCCGCGCGGUGGUGAACGAAGUUUGCUACCUUCUGUGUUAGACAAUGUCUCCCAUUCCCCACAAUCAUUGACUCCAGAACAUGAGUUGCCCACGCUGAGCCGGGAAGGUAUCCCGUACAGCUCCUUUGCAGAUUCAACACGGUCUGUUGCUUUAGAGCGAAGUUCGAGCCGAGGUCGCCGGGGACGGGUGGAUAGUACUAUUGAAGCGAAUUUGGCCAAUGCAGAGCCGGCUUCAAACGUGCGCAGCCGUAAGUCCAGCCAUUAUCUGGGCCUUUUCAAAGAGAAUACAACCUCUCCGGAUCGGAAAAGAUGGGAGGAUCGCUCCCGGCAACACGAUGACGUUGACCACUCGCGGGAUCGUGUUAUGGAUCACGAAGUUCCGACAGUGAAAACUCCCGAGGAGGAGGGAUUGCUUCGCAAAAGCAUUUCCCUUCCUGCCCUAAGCGAUGUUCCAUCUUUCGAACCCCAAACUUUCUCCACAUCCCAACGCCAGGCUGAAGAAGAUGAAAUCUUUAAACGUCCACCUCGUGCGCUUCCUGCCAAUCUUCUUGAGGAAAUCCGAAAUUUCCAUCUUACCCCCGGUGGUGGCCAUGGUUCAUCCUUCUCCAAGAGUAUCCCCACGCAGUAUUCGGAACGAAGCCGGGAUUAUUUCCAGAAAGAGCCCCACGUGAAACGGUUUGAAGACUCGCUGAGUUCCGUUGAACAUGAUGACCCACGCGGCUCCGUAAGCUUCGAAGCCGAUGAGAAUGAACAAAUUUCAUCUGCCGUUUAUUUCCCUCAUGAGCGUGUUGCGGUGCCGGAAGGGCUCAACGAUCCACGAUCAAUAGCGAGUGACUCACAUGGGGUCCAGCAAGUUCAGUUAUCUGCAGCGGAGAAGGGUCACGAAUUGAUGUUGAUACCCCAAGAACGUAGUUCUCCUCCCGAACAAGACGCCGGUGCUGUGGACAUAUCAUUUCGAUCUAAGAAUGAAAAAAAAUCUCUGGGCAUCGAGCACGGUUACGAUUCGACCUGCGAGUCAGAUGCAGUAUCUGAGAGUGGGCAAUCCGUCAUUGAGGAGUCAAGCUUAACUGAUGACCCGGAUAUGACGCCAACGGCCACUCCAACUCAGAGACCACGCUUACCUGCUCGUCGCAAGCCGACAGGUCCUCUUGGUGCGGUCGAGCUGAAGCCUUACAGACAUCAAGUUGGGGGCCACACUACGGUAUUCCGUUUUUCUCGACGUGCCGUUUGCAAACAGCUGAACAACCGAGAAAAUGAGUUUUACGAGCGUAUUGAGCGCAGACAUCCUGAAAUGCUCCGGUUCCUGCCUAGGUAUAUUGGUGUCUUGAAUGUAACUUUCACCAAAAUUUCUAAGCGAUCCAAAGAGCAAGGCGAGAAUGGGGCCAAUGAGAAUACCGAAAAACAAUCCAAUGGUGCCUCUGCCACAGACUCUCGAAUACUGGAAGCACCAGAGCCUCAACGAAUUGUUAGCCAGAGCCAGAAGCAAACGGCUGGUCGAUCACGCAUAAGUGAUGACUCCUUGAUGACUCGACCACGUUCUGCGGAAGGUUUCGGGGAACUUAGUACUGAUCCCAAUUCACCAUUAAGCAAACCAACCAAAAUAUGGGGCGCGACAACUGUCAACAGGAAGCUUCAAGAACAGGUCCUUCGAGAAGUGUUUAGUCCGACUGCGGUUCACCAGCGUCAUCGCCGUCAGCCUCGUGGCCACUUGCAUUUGCCCAGAGCCGCAUCCGACAUAGCCAGCAUCGCCAGCCGUCGUGGGAAUUUGUCAGAGGAUCAGUCAUCCAGUGCACAGACCCCGGGCUUAGACAAGAUCCAAAACUUGAGGACGCCCGCGAUGGACAUUGCCAGCUCCAACCCAGAACCGACUACCCUUUCAUCAUCGGCUUCGACAGCACUGGAGGAAGGCCGCGAGCGUGCGGAGAGAGUGAAGGGCGACGGGGACCAGCCUCAUCGAGCGAAUUCCCUCAACCGCUCCAACCCGGUCCGAAGACGGCAUUCAGGUGGCGGUCUUCAAAGACGAGGAAGUAUGAGUUCGGAGAAGAAAGGCGAUCUCAUGUUCUUUGAAGAUGAUGGAUACGGUGGAGAUAAAGAGGAUGACAUCUUCUCCAUGGAAGGUGAUGCGCCGUUGCCUGCAGAAAGCCACACCUCAUCCACUGUGCCUCUUGCCUCAUCAUGCCCUGACCAAAAUCCCGCUGCGAAGCCUAAAAUUGUGAACUCACUGUCCACCGGAAAUUUAUCCUCAGCUUCUUUACGGUCCAUUUCCGAUGAUGCGGUUGCUGAGCAUUUGCCAAGUAAUCCCAAGGAGGCCCAGUUAAGUAAAGACGAGCGAGUUCAGUUCUUUUUGCUCCUUGAAGAUCUCACUGCGGGAAUGCACAAACCAUGCGUGCUGGACCUCAAAAUGGGGACACGACAAUAUGGUAUUGAGGCAGGCGAGAAGAAAAAGAAGUCGCAGAGGCGCAAGUGCCAAUCGACGACCUCACAACAACUCGGUGUUCGUUUGUGCGGGAUGCAGGCCUGGAAUGUGAAGAAACAAGAGUACAUCUUCGAAGAUAAAUACUUUGGACGUGAUCUGAAAUCCGGUCGAGAAUUCCAAGAUGCCCUGACACGCUUCCUGUAUGAUGGUGUCAGCUAUGCGAGCGUAGCCAAGAAAAUUCCCAUCAUUUUGGAAAAGCUGACCCGGUUGGAGCACAUGAUCCGAAACCUCCAUCGAUAUCGGCUUUAUGCCAGCAGCUUGCUGCUCCUUUACGACGGCGAACCGUCUACCCCUCCGCAAACGCCCAGUAACACUGGAGAUGACUCAGCUGGUCCUCGUCCUCAGGGUCAAGAGGAAAGUCACAAUAAUCUAGAUGUUAAGCUGAAGAUUGUUGACUUCGCCAAUUGUGUAACUGGAGAAGAUGAACUACCUCCGGACACUCCUUGUCCUCCUCACUAUCCCAAUGAUAUUGAUCGCGGUUAUCUUCGUGGUCUUCGCACAUUGCGCAUGUACUUCCAGCGCAUCAUGAGAGAAGUCACAAAUGAUGAAUUUAUUGAGCGCGGUGAAGGCGAGGGCAUCGCCCUAGGUUCUCAGCCUGCAGUUCGUGAAUCACUGUCUGAUCAAUAUUGGGAUGAUGGUGUAAUGGAGAGUGACCCGGGUGAAGUCAGCUUCUAA